GCGGUGCGGUGGGCGGACUGCUCCGGGCUGUUCCGGGCUCUGCUGGUCUGUCGCGGUCUGUCCCAGGUGUCCCGCUCUGUCCCGGCUGUCCCGUCCCGGUCUGUCCCGGCUGUCCCGGGCGGUGGCGGGGGCGCGGUGGGGCCCGGCGGUCCGAGCGGCCAUGUCGGUGUUCGUGACGCGGCGGAUCCCGGCCGAAGGGCUGCGGGUGCUGACGCAGGCGAGCGGGUUCCGCGUGCAGCAGUGGGACUCGGAGGAGCCGGUGCCGCGGGCCGAGCUGCUGGCGGGCGUGGCGGGGACCCGCGGGCUGCUCUGCCUCCUCUCCGACCGCAUCGACCGCGAGGUGCUGGACGCGGCCGGGCCCGACCUGAAGGUCAUCAGCACUUUGUCCGUGGGCUUCGACCACCUUGCCCUGGACGAGAUCAAGAAGCGGGGGAUCCGCGUGGGGUACACCCCCGACGUGCUGACCGACGCCACCGCAGAGCUGUCUGUGGCCUUGCUGCUGUCCGUGUGCCGCCAUCUGCCAGAGGCAGCAGAGCAGGUGAAGAGUGGUGGCUGGACAACGUGGAAGCCCCUAUGGAUGUGUGGAUAUGGCCUGUCCGACAGCACAGUGGGCAUCAUCGGGCUGGGCAGGAUAGGACAGGCAGUUGCCCGGCGCCUGAAGCCAUUUGGGGUCAGGAAGUUUCUGUACACCGGCAGUGGCCCGAAACCAGAGAGUGCUGCGGAGUUUGGGGCUGAGUUCGUCCCGCUCACCAGGCUGGCCGAGGAGUCAGACUUUGUGGUGGUGACUUGUGCCCUGACACCAGCCACCCAGGGGAUGUGCAACAAGGACUUCUUCAGCAGGAUGAAGAAGACUUCUGUGUUCAUCAACACAAGCAGGGGGGCUGUGGUGAACCAGGAGGACCUGUACGAUGCGUUGGCCAAUGGCCAGAUUGCAGCCGCUGGCCUGGACGUCACGACACCAGAGCCGCUGCCUACUGACCACCGCCUGCUCUCCCUCAAGAACUGCGUGAUCCUGCCGCACAUCGGGAGCGCUACCUACGCCACAAGGAGCACCAUGGCAGUGCUGGCAGCCAACAACCUGCUGGCCGGGCUGCGAGGGGAGCCCAUGCCCCACGAGCUCAAGCUGUGAUGGCCUGACCCUGCUCCAGCAGCGCGGUGGGACAGAUGCCGUGUCGAGGGCCAGCCUGUGCCCCCUCCCCUCAGCCUGAGGAGGAGCCAUUAAAGAGCAGCAG